AAUUUCAUCAUUUUCACAAAACUGAACAAUUUCUGAUGGUUGAAUUGCAAGGUGACCUUGCGUAAAGUUCCGAUGAUUAAGGAAAUUUUUUAGAAACUUACCACUGAUUGUGGAUUGGAUGUAUAGGCUUGUGGAAGGUGGGUUAAACUAUUAAUACGAUUGAACGGCUAUAUUUGGAAUUAUUAUAGUCAAAAUCGCAGCAGGAUUUAAUAUCAUGAAAAUGAAAAGAGGGAUAGCUAUACUUUUGAUAUGUUUAAUGAGUUUGAACGGAAAUCAAGUCAAUUGUUCAACUUUGGACAUAGAAGGCUUACAAUUUAAUAAAGUACAUCAAAACUACGAACUUGAAAUAGCUGCACUGAAAUCCGAAAUGGCCUUUCUACAAGACAGAGUAACACAACUUGAGAAGAAUGUGGAUAGUUCGGGAACUGGAGUUUUAAUAGAGGACAGGACUGGAGGCACGAAGUGUACUAAUCAUAUCUUGAAAAAGCGAGCAGCUGUGAGAAGAAGGCGAAUUCGAAGACCUGAGGUAGCAUUCCAAGCGUCUUUAACAAAAGAAUCGGCGACAUUUCAACUGUACGAUACAAUUGUCUUCAACAGCGUGAUAACGAACAUUGGCCGUGCUUACAACAAACAUACUGGCAUCUUUACUGCACCUGUAUCCGGAACUUACACCUUUAACACAAAUAUCGUGUCAGAGAAAGGACAUUAUGUCGAAGCUAGUAUUAAAGUUAAUGACAUAGUGACUGUUUCAGCAAUUAGCGAUCAUAUAAUCUCUCCAGAUGGAGAAUAUGUUGCAACGUGGGACCAAGGAAAUGCUGUAGCCAUUUUAAGGCUAAAUAGAGGAGACAAAGUGUCUGUAUCUGUGCAGUGGCCACAAGGAAACCAUGUUAUACACGGUGUUGGAAAGUCUAGUUUUUCUGGAUGUCUGUUGAGAUCGCAUGAACGUCGCUAAGACAACAAAUGAAAGCGAAAUAUGUGCAGGAAUCAACAAACGUUUGUUCGAUUAAUCCUAACAACUUCAUCUUAAAGAUUACUUUAAUAUUUUCUCAAUGUGAUGCUAAAAACGUUCAGGUUUCAUGUUUGCAAUAACAUUAUAGUAGAUCUGUCGCAUUAUUGGUAUUUCAGAAUUUCCAAUUCCUACAGACAGAAACAUUUUAUCUGCUGAUGUAUCGGAUUUGUUGAAAAGUGCAAACAAUAUGGCCAUUCCAAAGGCUACAACAUAGGGAAUUUUCUCUUGCUCUGAAAACGAAAAUAAUUCACUUAAUCUCUUUCAUGAAUCUUUUUAUCAUUAAAAUGGAUAUACGUUUUA